CAUCAGCGCUUCUGCGUUUGCGAGUUCAGUAAUUGCGAAACAUUUAGCGUGUUCACAUUUUCGAAUAGUACCGGCAAAGUAUACAGUCAACAAUAUGAGUACUAAAUUGGAUGUAAUCAUAUUCGGUGCAACCGGUUUUACCGGAAAAAUUGUGGUCGAAAAGGCGGUGGAAGUGUUGCAAGGACUCACGUGGGGAAUUGCGGGCCGGAAUUUGAGCAAAUUGGAGAACGUAUUGAGUACCGUGGGUAAAAAAGUUGGCAAGGAUCUCUCGCUUAUACCAAUCACUAUAGCGGAUGUUGAAGAUGAAAAGUCUAUAAAAGAGAUGGCAAACAAGUGCAAGAUCGUUGUGAACUGCUGUGGUCCCUAUCGUUUGUAUGGUGAAAUAGUGGUGAAGUCAUGUAUUGAAGCCGGCACGCAUCAUGUGGACAUUAGCGGUGAGGCACAGUUUAUCGAAGGCAUGAUGGUGAAAUAUCAAGAUUUGGCUAAAGAGAAACACGCCUAUAUAAUCUCGGCCUGCGGAUUUGACAGUAUACCCGGAGAAAUGGGUGUCGCAUUUGCCGAACGCAAUUUUCCAGGCACCGUGAACUCCAUCGAAUCCUACUGGGAGAAUACGCUCGAUCUCAAAGAUAAAAAUUGUAAAACCUUGGUACAUGGCGGUACUUGGGAGAGCGUUAUUCACGUUUUAAGUCAUGUCGACGAACUUAUUGCACUCAGAGGGCAGUUGACGCCCAAAGAUCUGCCUCGCUUGGAGCCGGAAUUGAAAGUGCGCUCUUACCCACACAGGGUGCCUACGCUGAAAAGUUACUUUGUACCCAUUCAUGCUGGCGAUCGCGACCUUGUUGUACAGACACAAAAUUUCCUGUUUGAAAACGAGAAAAAGCGCCCCAUACAAUUCGAGAACUAUAUUGGUUAUAAAUCACUAUUAUACGCCGUCUUUGUGCCCUGGUUGUUAUCAUUAAUCACACUGUUUGCUCAAUACAGUUGGACGCGCAAAGUGCUAAUGAUGUUUCCGAAAUUUUUCACUUUGGGCAUUUUAACCGAAGAGGGACCCACCGAGGACAAUAUGGAGGGACACUCCUUUGAAAUGGUGUUCAAGACCACGGGCUGGACCAAAGAUCAAACGCUUAAUGAGCAACCUAAACAGCAAUUAUGGACACGGCUUUCUGCGCGCAAUCCCUUCUAUGCCAUGACUGCAGUGGCCCUAUUGGCUUCGGCGAAGAUAAUUUUGCUGGAGAAAGACAAGCUGCCGGGAAGUGGCGGCGUGAUUUCACCUGGUUAUGCAUUCCCCAAAACAAGUCUAAUCGAGGAGCUACAGAAGUAUAAAUAUGGCAUAAAGUUCGAGGUACUGAAACUGGAGAGCAUAUAAUAGAAAUUGCAUUUACAUAUGAUUGUUUCUACUAUUAAAAUAUGCAUUUUACUACAUACAUACAUACAUAUAUGUAUGCAGACUUACGUAAAUAAUGUACAUAUACAUAUGUAAAUUAUGAGUAAAUAAACUUUUUUUUCAUAAAAUGUU